AUGAGUUUUAACGAGAAAGUCGUGAUAGUGACGGGGGCGAGUUCUGGUAUUGGAGCCGCAAUCGCUGAGAAAUUUAGCAGCGAAGGAGCUCAAGUAGUAAUGGUUGGUCGGAAUGAGACCAAAUUAAAUGCCGUGGCCGCCAGAUGCAAAAAUCCUCUUAUUGUCAAAGCAGAACUAGGCAAGGAGGAAGACAUAGUACGAAUUGUCGACGAAACCAUCAAGGAAUUCGGUAAAAUUGAUAUUUUAGUUAACAACGCUGGAACGUCUACCAUGGGUAGCGUUUUAGUUGGUGAUAUAUUAAAAUCAUACGACGAAGUAAUGAACGUUAAUUUUAAAGCUAUUGUGCACUUGACUAAAUUGGCCGCUCCACAUUUAAUUGCUACGAAAGGAAAUAUUAUUAAUAUAUCCAGUAUUGGCGGUGAAAGGACAACCUCCGUACCAGCUCUGAUGAUGUACUCGUGUUCUAAAGCUGCAUUAAACCAUUUCUCAAAAGAUGUUGCCCUGGAGCUAGCGCCUCAUAAAGUUAGGGUCAAUGUAAUAAGCCCUGGGCCAGUUCGUACUGAUAUUCUGGAGAAUACUGGCACACCCAUUCCGUGGGAGGCUUUCCAGCAGAAGACAGCGCUGGAUAGAAUAUCUGAGCCAGAAGAAAUAGCAGAUCUUGCUUUAUUCCUUGCUAGUGAGAAGGCUAAAGGAAUAACUGGUUCUAUAUAUGUUACAGACAAUGGAAUGUCAUUAAAGAACUAA